AUGGGUCUUGGUAAUACUAUUAUUGAUGAGAAUGAUGCCUCAAACCAAGACCGUGCUAAGGCCAUGAUUUUCCUUCGUCGUCAUUUAGAUGAAGGAUUAAAAGUAGAGUAUCUUACUGUCAAAGAUCCUCUUGUCCUUUGGCGAGAUUUGAAAGAAAGAUUCGACCACCUGAAGUUGGUCGUUCUUCCAAAAGCCCGAUUUGAUUGGCUCCACUUACGACUACAAGAUUUCAAAUCUGUCAACGAAUAUAAUUCAGCCAUGUUCAGAAUUACUUCUCAAUUAUCAUUGUGUGGCGAAAAAGUCACUGAUGAAAAUAUUCCAUUCCCUGAAGCGAAUGGGACUCAAUUUCAAAAUUCUGGUCGAGGUCGUGGACGUGGCCGUAGAGGUGGCCGUGGAAGAGGCCGUGGACGUGGCCGUGGCCGUGUACGUGAUCGUAGUAGAUUUGUGCCUCGUGAAGAUUAUAGCCGUGGCAAGCAACAAAAUAUUUCCCAAAAAGGAGAAAAUAACUACGAUCCGAAAGAAGGAGAAAAGAAAGUUUAUGAAGAAAAAUGCUACCGAUGUGGUAUGGAAGGUCACUGGUCCCGUACCUGUCGUACGGCUGAACAUCUUGUUGACCUCUAUCAAGCAUCAUUGAAAAAGAAGGACAAAAAUGUCGAGACAAAUUUUAUCGACCAAAAGGAUGCUUAUGAUGAUGAUGAUGUUGACAUGACACACCUGGAUAUUGCCGAUUUCUUUGAGCAUCCUGAAGAUGCAAAAUGA